AUGUCUUCAUCGAAACUCAAUAUCAAAAUUGCCAUUGACCGUGGUGGCACGUUCACCGAUUGCCUGGGGAUUGUAGAAGGCCGCAAGGAAGACAUUGUCGUCAAGCUGCUUUCGCAAGAUCCAGCUAACUACGCAGACGCCCCAAUUGAAGGCAUCCGCCGGAUUCUCGAACAAGCAACAGGAAAAUGCUUUCCCCGCGACCAGAAACUCACCACAUCGGAUUUUGGCAGCGUCAGUAUCCGUAUGGGAACGACGGUAGCCACGAAUGCCUUGCUAGAGAGAAAAGGAGAAAGAGUGGCGCUUCUGAUCACAAAGGGUUUCAAGGAUGCACUUCGCAUCGGGACUCAGUCGCGUCCUAAGCUCUUUGCGUUGAACAUCCAGCGACCCGAAGUGCUUUAUGAAGAUGUGGUCGAGAUCGAUGAGCGAGUAACUAUAGAGGGCUAUCAACAGAAUCCUGUCCCAGAUAAAGAACGCCUUGAAGCGGCAUUGGAGACAGACCCUUACCUGAAGAAGGGCGUCAGUGGAGAGGUCAUCCGCGUCUUAGAGCCUCUCGACGAGGCGAAGACGAGACAGAGUUUGCAAAAGCUUUUUGAUAAUGGAUAUCGCUCCAUUGCAGUCUGUCUCGUACACUCAUAUACAUUCCAAGAGCAUGAGUUGACUAUCGAGAGGAUUGCCAACGAGAUCGGAUUCACGCAGAUCUCGCUCUCUAGCCAGCUGCUUCCUAUGAUAAAAAUGACCUCUCGAGGCGCUUCAGCUACAGCAGACGCCUACUUGACGCCGGUGAUCCAACGAUAUAUCCAAGGUUUCCGGUCCGGCUUCCAGGAUGGGCUACAAUCGUCAGACACGCGCUGCGAAUUCAUGCAGAGCGACGGUGGUCUGGUAAACUUUCAAAAGUUCUCCGGUUUGCGUGCUAUUUUGUCGGGGCCCGCAGGUGGUGUUGUAGGCUACGCAGGCACCUCGUUUGACCCAGAAGACCGAAAACCCGUUAUUGGGUUUGACAUGGGCGGCACAAGUACUGAUGUCUCACGGUAUGACGGCAAGCUAGAACAUACCUUCGAGAACACCAUCUCAGGAGUGACAGUGAUGGCUCCACAGCUAGACAUCAAUACAGUAGCGGCUGGUGGCGGCAGCAUUCUGUUCUGGCGGCACGGGCUCUUCGUAGUCGGACCAGAAUCUGCAGGCGCACAUCCAGGGCCAGCUUGCUACCGUAAAGGAGGUCCAUUGACUGUGACUGAUGCAAAUUUGUUCCUGGGCCGCCUGCUCCCGGACUAUUUCCCCAAGAUCUUUGGGCCCAACGAGAACGAGCCCCUUGACGUCGAGGUCGCUCGUCAGAAGUUCACGGAACUGGCAGAUAAAAUCAAUGCAGAGACAGGUCAUCGGAAGACACCAGAGGAAAUUGCGCUGGGAUUUAUUCAAGUUGCAAACGAAUCUAUGGCAAAGCCCAUCCGGGCAUUGACCGAGGCACGAGGAUAUGACACUUCAGCACAUAACCUGGCCUGUUUUGGAGGAGCAGGUGGACAACAUGCAUGCGCAAUUGCAUCGUCACUGUCCAUAAAGACCGUCAUAGUCCACCGUUAUUCGUCGAUUCUCUCCGCAUACGGUAUGGCUCUUGCUGAUGUGGUGCAUGAGGCCCAGGAGCCUGCGUCCGGAGCUCUUACCGCGAGUGCAAUGGAAAUAAUUAAUGGACGUAUUGAGGCUCUCAAGGCAAAGGUCACCGAAGCCUUGACCGCAGACGGUAUUGAGGAGACUCGCAUACAUUAUGAGGUGUACCUUAAUCUCCGCUACCAAGGAACCGAUAAUACACUGAUGGUCCUCAGACCGGAUGGCGGAGAUUUUGGGGCAGCGUUCAUUCAAGAGCAUCAGCGCGAACUCUCCUUCACCUUCCCAGGUCGCAAUAUUCUAGUCGAAGAUAUACGUGUACGUGGAGUAGGCAAGGCCAUUUCUGUCCCCCCAGAGGCGCCGCAGCCCGAGUUGCGAUCUAUUGCGACAUUUAUCAUCGGAGAAGAAAGUCGGGACGAUUCCACGGAGGUGUAUUUUGCAGGCGUCGGGCGUGUCAUCACGCCAGUCUUCUUCUUAGAGCACCUGAAGCCGGGCAGCUUCAUCCAAGGACCAGCCAUGAUCAUCGACAAGACACAAACCAUUGUCGUUGAACCGCAUGCAUCGGCCACUAUCUUAUCUCGCCAUGUGAUCCUGAAUGUUCAGUCGGUCAAGAACCAAGUCGACAACGCGACAGUGGUCGACCCAAUCAAGCUUUCGAUUUUUGGUCAUCGAUUCAUGUCAGUUGCCGACCAGAUGAGCCGGAUGUUCCAGAAGACAUCCGUCUCGACAAACAUUAAAGAGCGGUUGGACUUUUCCUGUGCAGUGUUUUCACCUGACGGUAAACUUGUGGCGAACGCACCUAAUGUUCCUGUCCACCUCGGCAGUAUGGAGUAUGCUGUGCGGUAUCAGCAUGAACAGUAUGGCGGAAAUCUGAAGCCAGGAGACCACAUUCUCACCAAUCAUCCACUUGCUGGCGGAACGCAUCUUCCGGACAUAACUAUCAUUACUCCUGUCUGGGAUCAGCAAGGAAGCAAGAUCAUCUUCUAUGUUGCCUCUCGAGGCCACCAUGCCGAAAUUGGAGGAAUUGCGCCAGGUUCUAUGCCCUCAGACAGUAAAAUGUUAUAUGAGGAAGGUGCCAUGACCAUGGGAUUCAAGGUGGUAUCACAAGGCCAUUUUGACGAAGACAUGGUGCGGAAGUUCUUAUAUGACGAGCCAGCCUCGUAUCCAGGUUGCAGUGGCACUCGCACUUACAAAGACAAUGUCUCCGACCUGAAAGCGGCUAUUGCAGCCAACCAGAAGGGUGCACAGUUACUGGAAGGUCUCGUUCAAGAAAACACGCUUGAUGUAGUCCAUUUCUACAUGGACGCCAUAAAAAAGAAUGCCGAAACCGCAGUACGAGAGUUGCUUAAGACAAUUGGCAGAAAGGCCGCCGGACAGCCCCUCCGCUUUUCUGACUUCAUGGAUGAUGGUACAGAGAUUAGAUUAGAGAUCCGCAUCGACGCAGAGACCGGAUCUGCCGAGUUUGACUUCACUGGCACCGGGCGAGAGACGUUCAACUGCCUGAAUGCCCCCAAAGCAAUCGCCCACUCGGCAAUUAUUUAUAGCCUGCGCGCCCUUAUCGAUGUUGACAUUCCAUUAAACCAAGGCUGUUUGGCGCCGAUCAACUUUAUCGUUCCUUCUGGCACGCUUAUCAAUCCAUCUGGGUAUGCGGCCGUCUGCGCCGGUAAUCCUAUCACAUCGCAGCGCAUCACCGACGUCGUCCUAGGAGCCUUCCAAGCCUGUGCAGCCUCGCAAGGAUGCUGCAAUAUCAUCUCAUUUGGUAUGGGUGGACUAGACGAAAAUGGUAACGACAUCCCUGGCUUCGGCGUCGGCGAGACCAUAUGUGGUGGUUCUGGUGCUGGUCCAACCUGGCAUGGUACAUCUGGUGUCCAUGUUCAUAUGACCAACACUCGGAUCACCGACGCAGAAGUGUACGAGCUGCGAUAUCCGGUCAUAUUGCGACAAUUCUCUAUCCGCAAGGGGUCUGGUGGCAGGGGACUUUACCGCGGUGGAGACGGUGUGAUUCGGGAACUGGAGUUCCGCAUUCCCCUGUCGGCCUCUAUGCUGAGCGAACGUCGCGUCUAUCGGCCAUAUGGGCUGGCUGGUGGUGAGGCUGGCCAGGCGGGAUUGAACCUGUACGUGAAGAAAGAGCUGGAUGGGACUGAGCGAACGAUCAACAUUGGGGGGAAGAUGGAGCUCAAAGUGCAGCCUGGGGAGCGUAUUAUUAUUCACACUCCCGGUGGAGGUGGUUGGGGAACACCAUCAGAUGAGAAUACCAUACCCAUCUGUAGUGGUAACAGUUUGGAGGAGAAUCGGGUAGUAUUCGAAGCACGGGGAAGUGUUCACAGCUUCAGUGCCACUGCUGAAGCAGCUUUAUAG